UUCUUAAGGUUAGGAUCCGAUUGGGAGAUCCCUUGGUCGUAGCCUGUGACGCCUAUGCCAACCCAAAGCCUAUUUAUAGAUGGCAUACUAUACGGGAGAGUGAUAAUGAAACCCUUGAACAUAUGGUUGCCUCUGGGAGAGCAAAAACAAAGGACGGGACUCUGAUAAUAUUAGCCGUUUUAAAAAUUGAUAAGGGAGAUUUUUUUUGCACAGUGACCAAUUCAGAGGGAACGGAAAUUUUCAAACUAGAACUUUCUGUAACAUCACCUCUAAGUACAAUAAUAGAGCCCAGCAUACAAACUGUUAGUCUUGGCCACACUGCCGAUUUAAUAUGUAGAACGUUUGGAUUUCCGCAACAAAAUAUUGUUUGGUUGAAAGAUGGAAACAUAUUGCGAACUGGCUCUCGUGUACGACUUUUAUCAAAUGAACGUAUUCAUUUUUCCCCUAUAAUUAAAGAAGACAAAGGAAUGUAUCAAUGUGUUUUAAAAAAUGAUUGGGAGUACACUCAGAGCUCUGCUGAAUUCCGAUUAGGAGAAGUCUCACCCCAUUUCAAUUACAAGUUUAUUGAGCAAACUUUGCAGCCUGGCCAUUUCAUUUCAUUAAAAUGCAGCUGCAGUGGAAACCCAACUCCUAAUAUUAUUUGGUUUUUGGAUGGAUACACAUUACCAAAAUCCAGUUCCGCCGAGAUUUUAGCUGCUGUUGCAUCGCCUCCCGAGUCAGAUCUGUACACCUUGACAAUCAACGAACUGAAAUUUAAGUUUAGCCCCAGGCUAACGGCCUCUGUUAAAGCUACCGAUUUUUUAUUGAUUGACGAAGAGCGCUUGGUCGGUCGCUCCUUCUAUUUGCUCCACCUUCGCUACUCGCCAGUCCCUUGUGAAAAGGUGUGCAUCCAGCCAGAUGGUGAGUUUCUUGAUAGUGGCUGGGAUCCAGAUCCUCGCUCGGGGCCUACAGGGGACGUUACACCAGCUCAACGCAACAAAUUUGUCGCCCUCAUAGACUUCGCCAAGCUCUCCUACCGCAGUUUUCUAUAA